AUGAGAUCCAGCCAUGUUUGCCAAGUGAAUCUCUACGAUCUCCCACCUGCAGUUAUCCUUCCCUCAUCUGCGAUCCAUGGAGGUGUCUGCUUGCCCCAAACACAAUAGCAUCGAGACCGAUCUCGGCACGGAUCUCAAAGGACCGAGUCAAUACCUCGCCCCUCGAAGCGCAAACGAUCGCGUUCCUUCACACGGCAACGCGGUUGGCCCCUCGGCCUGUUGGCUACUGCGCUCUCCCCCCCUCUCUCUGUCUAAAGAAGAGAAGCGUGCGGAGGACGCCUAAACCCUACAGUGCACCACCGGAGGGGUGCAGAAAAGGGCGCUACGGGACGCGGGGGCGGCCGCGCUGGACAGCACCAACGAGCGGGCCCGUGCCCGCGGCCAAUACGCUUCAGAUUCCCUUCGCUACCCCUUCCCUCUCCAUAUCCUCAUUUUUUGAGUGUCCGAUCUCGUUUUGACGCGUUGAAGAGGAUAAAAAUUUGUUCUUUGGUUUCCUUUCUUUAUCGCUCUCUGGCUCCCUCUGUUUUCUACUGUCCCUUUUGCUGACCGCGUACACUCUCCCAGGCCCACACUCCCUCUCUCUCUCUGCUCUGUGCUGUUUUCUUUCAAGCGUCCGCUUCACUCCCCCGUGUCGUCUAUUCCAGAAGUUUUCGGAAAGAGAGGGAGCGGAAAGGGGAGCGGGGGAAGCGAAAAGGAAGAGGAAAAACCCGAUCUUGACGCUUUUUCUUCUCUCGUCUUCUUCUUUUCGCGUAUUUAUUUGCAUUCCGGUGGGCGAUGCGAGAGAGGGAGUGAUCGAUUUGUUGGAGGAUUUUGGAGGCGGCGGGGAGGUGCUUUGAAGGAAAGAAGGGUUUCUUUUUGAUCGGUUUGGUGGGAGAUGGAAACGGGGCGGCGGCUUGUCGCCGGGUCGCGCAACCGGAACGAGUUCGUGGUGAUCAAUGCAGAUGACUUCGGAAAGUCCAAGUCUGCCCAUGAUUCGAACGGGCAAAUAUGCCAGAUAUGUGGGGAUGAUAUUGAGAUUUUGGAGGAAGAAAAGGAGCUGUUUGUUGCCUGCAAUGAGUGUGCCUUCCCUGUUUGCAGGACUUGCUAUGAGUAUGAGAGGAGGGAGGGGAGUCAGGCAUGUCCACGGUGUAAGACCCGAUACAAGCGCCACAAAGGUAGUGCUAGAGUCGAGGGUGACGAGGAUGAAGAUGGUGAUGAUGAUAUCUACAAAGAACUCAAUUAUUACAAUUUCAAUGGGAAGGAAACAGUGAGCGUACCCGAUCCAAAACUUUAUGGAUAUCCCUAUGUAGGACAAGGUUCUCUCAGUGGAUUGGGUAUUCCUUCCAAUAAUGUGCAGCAAAAUGGUAGCAAUAUUCCACUUCUGACAUAUGGUGAAGAAGUUGAUGGAAUUUCCUGUGACGACCAUGCUCUAAUAAUUCCUCCAUACGGGGGCUUUGGAGGGCAAGUUCAUCAAGGUGCUGCUUCAGGGACUUUUGCUUCUACACAAUCGAGACCCAUAAAUCCUAAUAAAGACAUUUCAGUCUAUGGCUAUGGAACCGUUGCAUGGAAGAAUCGAAUUGAUGAGUGGAAGAGAAACCAACUCAGUAGAAUGCAACAACAUCAGCUCGAAGGAGGGGAUGGUGGCUACAUUGAUGGAUAUGAUCCAGCCAAUUCUGAUUUGUCCAUGUCCGACGAGAGCAGGCAACCAUUAUCGAGGAAGAUGCCCAUAACUUCCAGUAUGAUAAGCCCUUACAGAAUAAUAAUUUUGCUGAGGCUUGUGAUUCUUGGCUUCUUUUUCCAAUAUAGACUUCUGCAUCCUGUUCCUGAUGCUUAUGGACUAUGGCUGACAUCAGUUAUAUGUGAAAUAUGGUUUGCUGUCUCAUGGAUUCUUGAUCAGUUCCCAAAAUGGUUCCCUAUAGAGCGAGAGACCUACUUGGAUCGUCUCUCAUUGAGGUAUGAGAAAGAAGGGAAACCAUCUGAAUUAGCAGACGUUGAUAUCUUUGUUAGCACAGUUGAUCCUACAAAGGAACCCCCCUUGAUCACUGCAAAUACAGUUUUGUCUAUUCUUGCUGUGGAUUAUCCUGUUGAUAAAGUUUCAUGCUAUGUCUCCGAUGAUGGUGCUGCAAUGCUCACAUUUGAGGCACUUUCAGAAACCUCUGAAUUUGCUAAAAAGUGGGUUCCAUUCUGUAAGAAAUUCAACAUCGAGCCUCGUGCUCCUGAAUGGUACUUUGUGCAGAAAAUUGAUUAUCUGAAGGAUAAAGUUCAUCCAGAUUUCGUGAGGGAACGUCGUGCAAUGAAGAGAGAGUAUGAGGAAUUUAAGGUCCACAUUAAUGCAUUAGUUGCCAAAGCACAGAAAGUUCCUGAGGAAGGCUGGACAAUGCAGGAUGGAACUCUAUGGCCUGGAAAUAACGUUCGAGACCAUCCAGGAAUGAUUCAGGUCUUUCUGGGUCAUAAUGGUGUGCUUGAUGAGGCAGGUAAUGAGCUACCACGUCUUGUAUAUGUAUCUCGUGAGAAAAGAUCUGGAUAUGAUCACCACAAAAAAGCUGGUGCCAUGAAUGCAUUGGUGCGAGUUUCAGCUGUAAUCUCCAAUGCUCCUUACAUUUUGAAUGUGGAUUGUGAUCAUUAUAUAAACAAUAGUAAAGCUCUUCGGGAAGCUAUGUGCUUUUUGAUGGAUCCCAUCUCAGGAAAGAAAGUAUGCUACGUGCAAUUUCCUCAGAGAUUUGAUGGGAUCGAUCGUCAUGACAGAUAUUCAAACCGCAAUGUUGUGUUUUUUGAUAUCAAUAUGAAAGGCCUUGAUGGGAUCCAGGGACCAAUCUAUGUCGGUACUGGAUGUGUUUUCAGAAGGCAAGCUCUGUAUGGUUUUGAUGCUCCUGUCAAGGAGAAGCCUCCAGGAAAAACCUGCAAUUGUUGGCCAAAAUGGUGCUGCAGCUGUUGUGGAUCUAAAAGAAAUAAAAGAGGGAAAAUUAAGCAAGAGAAGAAGAAAGCAAAGUGGGCAAAGCACAGAGAAGCAUCUAUUCAAGUACAUGCGCUUGAGAGUAUUGACAAAGUUAAAGGACAAGAAAAUGAAAGCUCAUCCUUAGUGCCCCGAGAAAAGCUGGAGAAAAAGUUUGGGCAAUCUCCUGUCUUUGUGGCUUCAACUCUCCUGGAGAAUGGUGGGAUGGCUCAGGGUGUUGGUUUUGCUUCGUGUAUUGGUGAGGCUAUACAUGUAAUAAGUUGUGGUUAUGAAGAUAGAACUGAAUGGGGAAAAGAGGUUGGAUGGAUAUAUGGAUCUGUUACAGAGGAUAUUCUUACUGGCUUUAAGAUGCAUUGCCAUGGUUGGCGGUCGGUUUACUGCAUACCUAAAAGACCAGCAUUUAAAGGGUCAGCUCCCAUCAACCUCUCUGACCGUCUUCAUCAAGUUUUGAGAUGGGCUCUUGGAUCUGUAGAAAUUUUUCUGAGCAAGCACUGCCCUAUUUGGUAUGGCUACAGAAGUGGGUUAAAGUGGUUGGAGAGGUUCUCCUAUAUAAAUUCUGUUGUCUAUCCAUGGACAUCUAUUCCUUUGAUUGCUUAUUGUACGUUGCCAGCUAUUUGUCUUCUCUCCGGAAAAUUUAUAGUACCUGAGAUUAGUAGCUAUGCUAGCAUAGUAUUCAUGGCUUUAUUCAUCUCCAUUGCUGCGACUGGCAUUCUUGAGAUGCAAUGGGGAGGCGUAAGCAUUGAUGACUGGUGGAGGAAUGAGCAGUUCUGGGUGAUUGGUGGCGUCUCCUCACACCUCUUUGCCCUCUUUCAGGGCCUUCUGAAGGUUCUUGCUGGUGUUGAGACCAACUUCACCGUGACAUCCAAAGGAGGGGAUGAUGGCGAGUUCGCGGAGCUUUAUCUCUUCAAGUGGACAUCUUUGCUGAUUCCCCCUAUGACCCUGCUCAUUCUUAACAUCAUCGGUGUCGUAGCUGGAAUUUCUAAUGCCAUUUCCAAUGGGUAUGAGUCAUGGGGCCCAUUGUUUGGUAAGCUCUUCUUUGCCUUCUGGGUCAUCGUCCAUCUCUAUCCUUUUCUGAAAGGAAUGAUGGGAAAGCAGGAUCGAGUGCCUACCAUAGUGAUAGUUUGGUCUAUACUUUUGGCAUCUAUUUGUUCGCUUCUGUGGGUCAGAGUAAAUCCAUUCAUUGCAAAAUAUGACGGGCCUGUCCUAGAAGUUUGUGGUUUGGAUUGUAAUUAGCACUUCUGGAGUUCUAUGAUGUCACUUUUGCAGUUGGGAGUUGCAAAAAGAGUGCCCUUAAUCUGAGUCGAGGUGAAUAUUGUUUUGAGGAAAAUUUUCAUUGUACAAGACCGGCAAGAAGGGAGAUUUGGUUGGUAAAAGAGGUGGAAGAAAAGAAUGGUCAUUGUUGGCCAUUGUAGAUAUGGGGAGCUGGAACCUGACUCAUCGCCAAUAAUUCACUAUAAAGGCAUUUUUUGUUGAUUCUUUCUUGGUUCUUGACCUUCAUGGCUAUUCACUGUCAUGGUCUGGCAUUGUGUAAUCUUCAAGAAACAUUUGCUACUUUUGACCUUUGAAACUCAUACAAUUGAUCAUAGCCUAUUUCUUCA